AUGAAAACCGUCGCAGCCAUAGCGCUGUCGCUGUUUCUUACCCAUGCGAGGGCAUGCACGGUCGAGCUUCCCCCUGUUAUGCACAAUGGCAGCGUUGUAAUCGAAGAGCUUUCUACUCCUGGUAACCUGGACGGCUUCAAGAUGAAAACUUCUGCCAAUUCCUCUUCCUACGACUAUUGGUGGUUUGACGCGGUUUCCAACUCGAACGAUGCAGCUCUCAACAUCGUCUUUUACAACGCAGGUGAUAUCGGCAACCCACAACCAUUGGCGGUUGAGAUUUCUGGAACCUUCGGCAACGGCACUCGUUUCUUCAAACAAGUUUUGGCCCCGGGCGGCGCUGUUAUUAGUAACGGGCCGGAAGGGGUUUCUGGACAGUGGAAAGGCACUGGCGCUAGUUUCCGCGGGACAAACUUGGAGAAACCCAAUGUUGAAUAUGAGGUCAUUUUCGAUUCGCCAGAGCUUGGCGUACAUGGAUCUCUUAAACUGAAGUCGCGCGCACCAGCCCACUACCCCUGCGACCCGAACGUUCCCGGCGUCACCCAACUCCAUUUGCCACGGUUCUUCUGGUCGAACGCCGUUCCCGACGCCGAUGUCAUCGCCGAUCUUAACAUUAAUGGCACGGAUGUUAGCUUUGAGGGUAUCGGAUACCACGACAAGAACUGGGGCGACCAAACAAUCCUCAAAAGUCCCAAGUUUUGGGACUGGGGCCACACAAGAUUCGGACCGUACUCUGUCGUCUGGUACGAUCUACUUGACCGCAACAACACCGAAUACCACCGCAGCUAUAUCGCCAAAGACGGAGAGAUUGUCAAGGUCAGCUGCGACGAGGGCUCAGUCAUCACACGUCCCUGGGGUUUUAACGCGACGUGGCCGCCAGCUGGAGGUCUCAACUCUGUUGAAGGAGUCGUCUCCAGAUUUGAACUUGGCAACGAGACUCUGGUUGUCAAUGUCACAAAAGAGCGGAUUACAUAUGAUGCUCUUGUCUACACACGAGCUACCGGUUCAGUCGUAGGAGGAAUUGAGGGCAGCAACGUCACGUGGGAAGGGAGAGCUUUCUUUGAUGAGUUCACGUAUGGGCUCAUGUUCGGCUAA